AUGCAUUCGGAUCACCCUCAAAGUUCUUCUUUCCAACAAUUUUAUGGUGGUCUUCAAAAUUUCUUCCUAUUCAAGUUUGUCGUGCGCUCGAGGCUUGUUGGCUUCGAGGCUGAGUUUAGCACAGGAGAAGAUGGGCUGUUCAGUAGAUCUUCAUCAGAAGUGUCGGAAGAAGACGAGAUUGCUGGCAAUGAACGACCAUCUGAUCAAGAAUCUGAUGGUAGGCGCAUUUCAACGGGUUCGGAUUACGAUUCAACUGCGUUCAGUCCAUGCUCUGUCAAUUCGGAGGUUACUAAUGAAUCAGAGCGGAGUUCAUUAUCAGACAUAGAAUUAAUUGAAGGGCUAGAUGUUGACUCUAAUAAUCUCCCAGAUGUGGAUAUGACUUGA